GAAAAGUUGGGACUGUUUAAAAGAUGGCGGCUGCCAAAACAAGUAGAAGGUGAGGUGACUGAUAUGGAAGGGAGACGACAGGGCAAUAGGGGCCUUCAGACCCUGGCCCAAGGGUCGCUGGCCCUCGCCCGCACACACGCCACGGAGGCAGACCUAGGGAACAUCGAAAGUCAGCUAGAGAAAGAAAUAGCAAGAGAGGAAGCAGCGUCCAAAUCGGCUAAACCACUGGCCAGAGUUCGGCACAAAGGACAGAAAUUCCUACACACCAAGCACGUGCUGUUGGUGAUCGUCGGCCUUAACGUCCUCGACUGUAUUCUGGUAUUGGGGGAGCUAAUCCUCGACGUCCACUUCAUCGUCGACCUUCUCGAGACUUCCGAUAAACAUUCUCAACAUUUCCUGCACGCCAUUGAGGAGAAACACCCGGAAAUUCCUCCCGUUCACGAUAUUGAGGGGCUGUAUGGUGAACUACUUCUAGCUGACAUUUCCUGGAACAGUAAAAAGGGCAGUGAGGACCCUCAUGUUGCGAUAAGUCAACGCCACAAGAGAGAUUUAACACAUACAAACAGUAGUCAAACUAAAGAACCACAGCCUACACAUCAUUCUAAUGAGCACGAUGAUCAGUCACACAAUCUGAAAAGUAACGCCGAUUUAGAUAAUACUGGAAUAUUUCCCAUAAAACAUUAUUCCAAUGUGCAUGACAUUAAUCAUGGGAAUGAUACCGAUACACAUGAACAAGGUCACGGCCAGGGUCAUCACGCGCACAGCAUACAGGAAGAGAUCGCACACGGACUUCACAAGGCCAGCAUAACGAUACUGGCCAUCUUGGUGGUGGAGACUGCAAUCAAAAUCUUCUGUGAAGGAAUAAGGAUAUUCGAGAGGAAGGUUGAGGUGUUCGAUAGCAUCAUUGUGGUAGUGUCUUUCAUCCUGGAUCUGGUGUUCAUCAAGGGACUCACCAUGUUUCCUAUCCAGAAAUAUGUCUUCAUUCUGGCGUUUUUGGUACCGUGGCGUGUCAUUCGAGUGGUGAAUAGUCUUAUUGUGGCUGUAAUGGACCAUGAACAUUUCCGAUUAAAGCUAUUAUACUCCCAAAAGAAAAAGAUAAGUACUUCCCUGAAGACGGCUAAACAAGAGAUAAAAACCCUCCAGGCGGGUCUGGAAGGCGCCAAGAAGCUGUGCACGGAAGCUGGUAUCCCCGAAUGGAAGUUACAGCAGUGCAUGGUUGGUGAAAACAACAACCACGGUUCGUCGAAAACCGUAUCACCACUCGCUUUCUUCUCUAAACCGAACAUGAAGCGCCGCGGGAACGAACACAAACAGGAAAUGAACGAAAAGGGCAAACGCCUGUCUUCGACAUCUGCGAUUCCACCCAAAGUAGAUAGUCAGGACAACAAUGGACGAUCCGACAAGGACGAUAUCACUCGGAACUCCUCUAGUGCUGUCAGGUUUAACAUAGAAGAGACGAACGAAUCAACAGAACUGAUGGAUAACAGUGACGACAUUGGUUCUCCGUGACAAGUCUAUCAGACAUAGUUUCGUAUCAUUGUUAUUGGUUCACCGUGACAAGUUUAUCAGACAUAGUUUCGUAUCUUUGUUAUUGGUUCACCUUGACAAGUUUAUCACAUAAUACAUGUAGUUUCGUAUCUUUGUUAGGUAAGUCCAACAUAUACUACUUGAUACUGAAGGCACCAUAAUUGUAUUAUGGUAUUCGUUCAGUCUGUACGUGCUUGUUCAAUGGAUCGACGCUGCUGAGUGAUGGACUUGUAAUAUCAGAUUCCUCUUUACAACUAUAACGUAAUGAUACUGAAAAUGUACAAUCCAUUCAAACUAUGCAAUGUAAAAAGUGUUUUAAUAAUUCUGGUGAUGUUUAUGAACGUUAAUGGGUUUUUAUCUUGUAUUCAGAUAAAGUACGAUGGAAAAAGA